AUUAAGAAAUGUGAUAGUCCUGCAGAUACUUAUGGGAGGAGGUGGCUCAUUCUCUACGGGGGGCCCUGGAAAAGGAAUGCACUCACGACUAUAUCUUCGUGUCUUGAAUGAGUAUCAACAACUUCAAUCUUUCUCUGCAUUCAACAAUAUCUUCAACAAUACUAGAAUUUUUGGCAUUUAUGCUAGCACUGGCUCCGAUUUUGUGGCAAAAGCAAUUGAUAUUGCUGUAGGAGAACUACUUUCAAUUGUUUCACCUGGACAAGUUGACCAGGUACAACUUACUCGUGCCAAAGAGGCAACUAAAUCUGCCGUUCUGAUGAAUCUGGAAUCAAGAAUGAUUGCAUCGGAAGAUAUAGGGAGACAGAUAUUGACAUAUGGAGAGAGGUAAUUCUUUCAAGAUGCCAUCUGAAACCAAAGUAAAUUAAUGGUAGUGCAAAACAGAAACACCAGAAAGAAACACUCAAUUCUAAACCAAAAAGCACCCUCAUGGGAUGAAUCAAAGCCCUUAUGUUUACAGCAGAAGUGUGUCAUGUUAUUUUCUCAGGAAACCUUUGGAGCAUUUCUUGAAGGCAGUAGA